GAUGACACGGUCCCGAUAGGAAGUGCCAUUCCGCAAAAACCUGUCCCAGCGAAAGGAUGCAGAAAUCACUUUUCCAGGAGUUUUGCUGCAACACUUCCAUUCAUGGAAUUCAGUAUCUGGAGAAGAAGUCCAAUCUGGAGCGGUUGAUCUGGACGGUCGUUCUGUGUACCUCGAUUAUUGGUUGUGUAUUCUACAUCGGGCAGAUCUACCAAAAAUGGGACGAAAAGCCGGUGAUUUUGAGUUUUGCCGAAGGUUACACUCCGAUUUGGGAGAUUCCAUUUCCGGCGAUAACGAUUUGUCCCCAGAUUAAGGCAACUCCCGAGCGGCUCAACUUUAGCCAGGAGCUGGAAGCUUUCAUCAAUAAAACUUCGUGGACGAAUGACACUGAUAGGAUUGAUGACAUGCUAGCAAUGGCACAGGUUUGUGAUCAGUCGUUCCUGGACAAUAUGUUCUAUCUGAAGCUUCAUUUACCCAAUAAAACCAGCAAUCUCAGCUAUUCGACGUUGAUUGAAGAUUUGGCGCUCACCGAGGACGACGUGAUGGGUCACUGUAAGGUGCGCAAUAAUCUAGACGAUUGCGAGGAUUGGUUCCUCCGAAGUAUGACCGAAGAAGGGAUCUGCUUCACCUUUAACGGGCUGGAUCAAUCGGAUCUUCUGAGGCCGCAGUUUUUGCAGAAUUUGAACGGCUGGAAGGCGCCAUCUACAAACUGGUCCCGGGAAUCUGGAUAUCCACCGAGUGCUGGCUUUGAAGCGUUUCCGUUUCGUGCCUUGGGAGCUAGUCCUCAGGAAGGAUUGGUAAUGGUUCUGGCCAGUGAUAUUUUCGAAAACGAUUUCGAUUGUCGGAGUGCUACCAAGGGGUUUAAAGUGUUUAUACAUCCUCCCGAUGUCUAUCCCAGGGUUAUGAAAAGCUACAUUCUGGUUCAGGAGAACUAUGAAGUCAACAUAGUCCUCAAACCCCACGUUAUAACAACUUCCAGCAAACUUCGAAAGACGAGUCCAGAAAGAAGACAAUGUAUCUUCAAUCAGGAUCGGCAGCUCGAGUACUUCCAGAUCUACAAUCAGAAAAAUUGUGAACUUGAGUGCCUCACCCGAUACACUCUUCAACGGUGUGGCUGCGUCCGUUUUUCAAUGCCACACACUAAUGACACGGCUGAGUGCGAAAUGAGUAACAUCAAGUGUGUUAUCGAGGCGGAAAAAGAACUUACAGAGAUGAGUCUCCCAAAUGAUGAGGGUAAACCGACUUUUUGGGCCAGCUGUAACUGUCUGCCGGCUUGCAUUUCCUACCAGUACGAGUUUGAAGUUACGGAAUCUGAAUCCAGCAAAACUUCCGGUAGAAGAUCUUCCUUCAAACAGUUGGAAGAUUACGGAGGUGACAUCACCCGGUUGAACAUCUACUUCAAGAAGUCUUCGUUCCUGGCCUCCAGACGAAGUGAGCUAUACACCCUGACGGAUUUUGUGGCCAAUUGUGGAGGGCUGUUGGGAUUGUUUAUGGGAUUUAGUUUGGUUAGCGUUAUCGAGCUGCUGUACUACUGUCUUUUGAGACCGGCCCUGAAUUUGUGGAAUAAGUGGAAGAAAUCUGAUAGGCAGCCUUCGCUCCCGGAACCAGUGGAUGAUGAAGGGCCGACGAAAGUUAGUAUGGUUACGUUCCCACUGAGUAAUGGGUUAAGCUACUGACUUUAUUAGUGAUCGUGGAAGUGACUAGUAGUAGUUAUUAUAAAAAUAUGUUCACAGAAAGAAAUAUAAUACUAUACAGAAGUUAGAA